CUCCGGCACCCUGCAGCCCCGCCCCGCCCCGCCCCCCGCCCUCGGGGCCAGGAAGCUGGGAAGGAACCGCCGGGGCCAUGGACGGGGCUGUGAUGGAGGGUCCGCUCUUUCUACAGAGUCAGCGCUUCGGGACCAAGAGGUGGAGGAAAACCUGGGCUGUGCUCUACCCAGCUAGUCCUCACGGCGUAGCGCGUCUGGAGUUCUUUGACCACAAGGGCUCUGGAGGGGGUCGAGGCGGCUCUCGCCGUCUGGACUGCAAGAUGAUCCGCUUGGCUGAGUGUGUGAGCGUGGCCCCUGUGUCAGUGGAGAGUCCCCCCGAACCCGGCGCCACUGCCUUCCGCCUGGACACCGCGCAGCGCUCGCACCUGCUGGCGGCGGACGCCCCGUCCAGCGCCGCCUGGGUGCAGAGUUUAUGCAGAAACGCUUUUCCGAAAGGCGGCUGGGCUUUGGCGCAGACGGAGAACCCGCCUAAGUUUUCUGCCUUGGAGAUGCUGGAGAAUUCCCUGUAUAGCCCCACCUGGGAAGGCUCCCAGUUCUGGGUAACCACGCAGAAGACUGAGGCUUCUGAACGCUGUGGCCUGCAAGGCUCCUAUAUACUGAGGGUGGAGGCUGAGAAGCUGACCCUCCUGACUUUGGGGACCCAGAGUCAAAUCCUGGAGCCACUCCUUUUCUGGCCCUACACUCUGUUGCGACGCUAUGGCCGGGACAAGGUAAUGUUCUCUUUUGAAGCUGGUCGCCGCUGCCCCUCAGGCGCCGGAACCUUCACUUUCCAGACUACACAGGGAAAUGACAUCUUUCAGGCAGUUGAGGCUGCCAUCCAGAAGCAGAAAGCCCAGGGAAAGGUGGGACAGGCACAAGAUAUCCUCAGAACUGAGUCCCAUGAAGGGGAGGCAGAGGUGAAGGUGACUUCCCCUCCUGCUCCUCAGGAGCCCCUGGACAGCCCCCCAGCCCUAUAUGCUGAGCCUUUAGACUCCUUGCGAAUUCCCCCAGGCCCUUCUCAGGACUCUCUGUACUCAGACCCUCUGGGUAGCACCCCUGCUAGGGCAGGGGAGGGGAUGCAUUCGAAGAAACCUCUCUAUUGGGACUUGUAUGGGCACGUGCAGCAGCGGUUGCUGAAAGCCAAGCUGACAGACUCCAAAGAGGACCCCAUCUAUGAUGAACCCGAGGGCCUGGCCCCAGCCCCUCCCCGGGGCCUUUAUGAUCUGCCGCAGGAACCUAAGGAUGCAUGGUGGUGCCAGGCUCGGCUGAAGGAGGAGGGCUAUGAGCUCCCAUACAACCCUGCUACAGAUGACUAUGCUGUGCCACCUCCGCGAAACUCCAAGCCUGUCCCUGCUCCCAAGCCGCAGGGCUUGGUCCUUCCUGAACCUGGUACCACAGGAGGCAGUGGCAGCAAAGACCACAGCUCAGAUAUGGCUCUGUACAGCCAGGUCCAGAAGAGUGGGACGUCAGGGGGUUGGGACUGUGGGUUUUCUAGAGUAGGGAAUGACAGGACAGGAGUCAAGUCAGAGGGCUCCACCUGAGACAGUUGCUGAUAGUUUCAUGGGGCCGUGGCAUUGACAAUCAAAUCUGUUAUAACCAGCAGGAACCAGAGGGUGGGAGGUGCCUAGGUUAAGACUAGGGGACCAGAGGCAUCAAGGGAUGACCAGCUCGAGAACUGAGUGAUAUAGGCUCUGGGACUAGACCUAUGGAAGGGGCCUACUAGUCAGAGUGGAGGCACUUUGGGGAGGCCAGUGUGGCUCCUUACUUUUGUAUUGUUCUUUGCUAGAUGUAUUUUUAAUUUAUAAGACAAAUUUCAUUAAAGCCAGUUUGGUUUGAAAAAGUC